AUGUGCUGCUCGUCGUCUCGAAGCAGGGGCGGUGGAGGGCUUCGAGGGAGCCGCAGAGGCGAUGAAGAAGGGGCAGGCGCACACCUGAAGCCUACCUCGUCGGUGAAUGCAUGUGGUCUUAUGGGUCGAUUUCAAGGCUUUCCCAUGUGCCCGAGGAGUGCUGAUUCGUUUCUGACCAUGCCACUGACUUCAAGAGGGCUGACUCUUAAAUUCGGCGCGUAUAGCGAAGCCAGUGUCAUCCCGCGAGUCAAUCUCAAGAGUCGAAAUGGGUCACGACGAAGGCACAAACAAACGAACAAGCUACCACUGGGGGUUACACAUGGAUUUACUCUCACCUCUACAACCUUAACAUCAACCGUAAAAGCUCACAACAGCAGUAAUAGCGCAGCCUACCACCCUGAGCAAUAUAUCCUGCAAUUUUGGUCAGCUGAUGGACAUGCUGACGUCCCCAUAGAACGGCCAUGUCGGGCAUGUAGUCAAGCAGCUAUUGUCCGAGACGACAUUGAUCAUGUGGCGCUGUUCCCCUUGCGGCCUUGGGGGCUUUAUGCAAAUCUGGGAGUGCAUGGGAUGCAAGAAGAAGUGUUGCGGGGAGUGUACGCGCCGCCUGGCGCGUCAAGAAUAAGAUGGCACGCCGGCCAAGCAAGGGACAAGGACUGGCAUGGACGCUCGAAAAAGCUGCAGCAGACAGCCAGAUGA